AUGAACCACACUUCUCCAGACCCAUCGCACCUCCCCUUUCUCGAGCAGAUGAGCUUUGACCCAAAGCCCGUGCUCAAGAUUGAUGGCUACCUCAAACCACACAUCCCAGCUAUUGCAACUCGCUACCGUCAGAUGCGCGACUGGCAGCAAAAGAUUGAAGCCACAGAAGGCGGCAUGGAACGCUUUACGCGUGGCUACGACCGCUUUGGGCUCAACGUUGGUCACGAUAAUAGCAUUGUAUACCGCGAGUGGGCUCCCAAUGCUGUCAAGGCCAGUCUCAUUGGCGAGUUUACCCGCUAUCCCGCACGACUCAAGAUUAAAAUCUCCAUGGUCCUGCCCUCUGGCGAACGCAUCGAGCGACUUCCAGCCUGGAUCAAGCGCGUAACGCAAGACUUGGACGUUUCCCCCGUGUACGACGCUCGGUUUUGGAAUCCACCUGAAAACGAGAGGCAUGUGUGGAAGAAUACACGGCCAGUCAAGCCCCGUGCGAUCAAAGUCUACGAAUGUCACGUCGGUAUCUCCACGCCAGAGAAACGCGUCGGUACCUAUAAAGAGUUUACACGCGAUACUCUCCCGCGCAUCAAGAAACUGGGGUACAAUACGAUUCAGAUCAUGGCCAUCAUGGAGCAUGCAUACUAUGCCUCCUUUGGAUACCAAGUCACCUCCUUCUUCGCCGCUUCCUCUCGCUAUGGGACGCCAGAAGACUUGAAAGAGCUCGUCGACACGGCACACGGAAUGGGUCUCACCGUUCUCCUCGACGUCGUGCACUCCCACGCGUGCAAGAAUGUGCUCGACGGUCUCAAUCUGUUCGACGGCACCGACCAUCUCUAUUUCCACGAAGGCGGCAGAGGACGGCACGAGCUCUGGGAUUCACGACUCUUCAAUUACGGCCAUCACGAGGUUCUCCGAUUCCUGCUCAGCAAUCUACGCUGGUGGAUCGAGGAAUACCAUUUCGAUGGAUUCCGCUUUGACGGCGUCACGUCCAUGCUGUACACACCACGGGAUUGGCACGGGCUUUUCUGCGUCGAUCUCGAGGCUGUCGUCUAUCUCAUGCUCGCCAACUCGAUGCUACGAGAGAUUUAUCCCGACCAUGGCGGUCAGGGUAUCAUCACCAUUGCGGAAGACGUGAGUGGCAUGCCGCUCUUGUGCAUCCCAACCGACGUUGGUGGACUCGGAUUCGAUUAUCGAUUGGCUAUGGCUGUCCCAGACAUGUGGAUCAAGAUGCUCAAGGAGAAAAAGGAUGAAGAUUGGGAUAUGGGCAACGUGUGCUUUACGCUCGAGAAUCGUCGUUGGGGCGAGAAGAGCAUUGCGUAUGCAGAGAGCCAUGAUCAGGCCCUGGUCGGCGACAAGACGAUUGCGUUUUGGUUGAUGGACAAGGAGAUGUGUGCGUACUUUUAUUCAAAGCGACAGCAGAGGCUGACGGAUGGUAUCUGGGUAGAUACGAACAUGUCCGACCUUACGGAGCGCACACCUAUUAUUGAUCGUGGCCUUGCGCUUCACAAGCUCAUCAGGUUGCUCACACAGGCUCUCGGUGGCGAGGGCUACCUCAACUUUGAAGGAAACGAAUUUGGACAUCCAGAAUGGCUCGACUUUCCCCGCGAGGGCAAUGGCAACUCGUUCCAAUAUGCACGUCGGCAGUGGAAUAUUCUCGACGACAAUCUCUUGCGCUACAAAUAUCUCAACGAGUUUGAUAUCGCGAUGAAUUGGUGCGAGGACAAGUAUGGAUGGCUGAGUGCGCCGCCUGCCUUUGUCUCGCUCAAGCACGAAGGCGACAAGGUGAUCUCAUUUGAACGUGCCGGACUCGUCUUCAUCUUCAACUUGCACCACUCGAGUUCGUUUACCGAUUACCGGAUUGGUGUCGAGGUGCCCGGCGAAUACGCGAUUGUGCUCAGCUCGGAUGAAAAGAAGUUUGGUGGCUGGGAGCGGAUCGACGUAGAAGCGUCGCGCUUCUUCACGACCCCGGAGCCGUGGUGUAACCGGGCUAACUAUAUCCAGGUUCGUCUACUUAUCUUUGAUAAUGGGUUUUCGGUCGUCCAUAAAUGGGUUAUCCCGAUGGCACUCACGACAUGGCUGGGGGAGCUCGGUAGUCGGUCCAUCCCUUGGUCACUGGAUUGA